AGAAAGACUCUUGGAUGUGAUGCGGUGCUGUAAAAACUGCUGCAGUGUGUCGUGUUUAAUGCCGGUUGGAACCUGUAGCCCAGUUAACAUGAACUCAGGAGGAGAACUCCAGCCGUCGCGGUGUCAAGUGGACUUGAAGACUUAACGAAAGAAAGUGAGAAUAUGCUGAGCGACUUCAGUUCAACCGGAGCACCACUCACAACGUGAGGCAUGUCGGUUUGAACUAUGUGCUGAAGAUAAGAUAAAGCAGCCCGGUUUCUUCUGAACUGGCUUUCAGCUGAUUUCUCUUUAACCGGUCUGCUUGCGAAAGGCACCUGUAAGAAACACCUAUCUGUCAGAGGACUUUUCUCUCCCGGACUAGUUUAUCAGGAAUUGGGAUAAUGAUGGAGACGCUCACGGAUGUUUUACUAGUCACUGCAAAUGUUGGCUCGUUAUUUGACAAUCUGGGCGAAAUCCAGAAUGACUGGCUGCGAGAGUUCUUCACAACUGUGGGCACACACAAGCCCCGCUUCGUCGCCCUGCACUUCCAGGAGGUCGGGGGGAAGGACUACAAGGCCAACAUGGCUCACGCUGAAAACUUCUUCUGGACCAUCGAGUCCAGCUCGGAGAUGUCCGAGUUUGACCGAGCGUGCGUCUACAUAGACAGCGACUUCAAGACCGAAGACAACUUCACGGCCCUCGGGAGCAUGUACUUCAUGCACAAAUCUCUGGCGAACAUCCAGCAAUACGAUUUCAGUGCAAAGGAGUUCAGAUCGGUGUCGGGACGCAACAAGUACGCGGGUUCGCUAUAUGGCGUCACGACGGUGGAGAAGGAGAAAUUCCAGAGGAACUUUUGGCCAGAUAGAAAGUGGUCAAGAAAAGGAUACAUGAGGACACGCUGGAUGAUUCACAACCAGGGCCUGGACUUGGUAAACGUGCACCUUUUUCACGACGCUUCAAACCUCAUAGCCUGCAAAUCCAGUCCCUCGGUGUACUCCACAUAUCGGCAGAAAGCCCUCCGUUACGUCAUCAGCAGGAUAUCCGAUGACUUCGUCCCACUGCCGUUUUUCCUGUUUGGAGAUUUUAACUUCCGCCUCGAUACACUAAGUCUAGUACAGGACCUCUCGACGUCUGCGGAAGUACAGAUGGUGAUGAAGGACAGCACUAACGAAGUGGAGAAAAUCAUCUACGAGGACAAAGGCAAUGACCACAAGCAGGUGCUAUUUCAAAUAGAGACUAAGCGCUUUUUAUACCUGCACCACAAACUCUUCAGAGAGGACACUGGACGAGAGCUCCUGGAGUACGACCGGGAGACCGCGGCCUUCCAGGACAUCAUCACAGAAGAAGAGAUUCUGUUUCCUCCCAGUUACCCGUACAGUGAAGACUACACUAAACCCACACAGUACAUGAACACGCGGUGUCCAUCCUGGUGCGAUCGCAUUCUCAUGUCCCACAACGCACGGGACGUCAUCUACAGGGGAAACGAGGGAGACCGUAACAUUCUAUACAACAUCCUGGGCCCGAAGGUCUGCAUGGGAGACCACAAGCCUGUCUUCUUGUUCUUUGCACUGAAAUCCAAUGUCUAGUGACUUGGAAUAUGGAGCCAUUACAAGGUUUGCUGGUGUGCGUCCAUGAAGAAGAAGAAGACGAAGAAGAGGGUUUAAAGACGGCUUUUCUUCUACUACAGUAACUCACAACCUGUGUAGACCUCAAACCGCACACAAGAAGGGGGCAUAUUUCUUAAAGAGAAUGAAGCAAACAAACCCUUGUACAAAUUCUACAGUUUUACAGUUCUCGAGACUUUUUUUUUCCCCUCUUAGUUUUAGAUAUUCUCACCUGUCUUAUGACUCAAACCUACAGUCUGGGGAAGCAUGCUAAUCCACUAGCUUUUUUUAAAAAAAAAUUUUGUUGUUGUUGAAACUUUAUAUUACUAGCGUGCUCGAUACACACAUUGCACAAGCUGCUCAGUCGACAUUCACCCACAAACAUUACGAUUUUAAUUAUACGUUAUUCUUUUAAGCCUUUAAACCUUUAUGUAGUCUGUGUUCGGCGUUGCUGAGGCUUUUGCUGUGGCCCACGAGCUUAUCCGUAUCUCAGCGGUGCUGUAAGUCAGAGAUCCUCAGAUCAAUAGAAUAUGUACGCGGCGAUCGCCGGGGGCCAAUUCGAAAGCCAUCAGCGGUGUGUGAAAUAUGGAAAUCCUUCUCCAAGCAGCGAAGCCCGACAAGACUUUUAAUUACAGCUUCGGGUUUCAGCUACAACCGCUCACAUACAACACCACCCGAUAAAGCUUAAGGUUCAUUCCGUAAUGUUCUUUUUUUUUUUCUUCUCUUUCGGUUGUCGGGCGUGUGAGGGGUGUAGUCAGGUAGAAAAACAAAUAAGAAAGUUUUAUUACUGUGAGGAGACCUUAGUCGUCUUUUUAGCUAAGUUUAACAAACCAAGUUCAGUACCGAAUCUGGUACUGCUUCAUCGUCAUGCUGCUAUAAUGACUCCCAGCAUGCGUAUACUGAUUUCCUUUCUAUACUUAACGUUCUGUUAUUACUAAUCUGGUGGCAAGGCAAGCUAUGUAUCCAGCGGUGUCGUAUAUUCCUUUAAAGAAACACACCCAUGCAACAUAUCUUUAACUGUAUUAGAUUGAUCUGUGAACAGUUUUGCAUUUAUUCCUUUGUGUUUGAUUUGUUUGUUUUUUUUUUUUUUUUGCUUUUAUAUUGUGGGGUUUAUCCUGAUAAUAGCGCAGCUGGGGGUUUUGAUGAGUUUUAACUAAGACUCCAUUCGAAGAUAUUUUAAUUAUUUUUUUUUUAGUGGCCUAAUCACACAACGAGUCCCAUCACGGAUCAUUAAGCUCGCCGGGUAAAGACGACACACGUGGUCGGAUGUCACACAGCGGACGUUUUUAGAUUUCAAAACCAAUUCGGUUCACUAAUUGUCAAUAUUCAUUAACCGCCGUUUAAGCAUGCACAAGAAGAAGAAGAAGAAAAAAUGAUACAGAUAUGACAAGCAGGCCAUUAUUUCAAUCCGACCAGGAUUCGAUCUAUCCGUGCAAUCUAAAUAACACCCCUCCCAAACCGGCUCGAUAAUUUACGUGCGAGGGUUAAAUUGCACGGCCCAUUUGUCAAUAAUGGACUUGUUGGAGUUGAUCCAUGAUGGUGCUCCAGAUAAUGCAUUGCUCUCGAGAGCUUUGCUCCAAGCUGAAGUUCAAUACGAGACUGUGAUGUUGCUCAGUGAGAAGCACUGAUGUUCUUUUGGCAUUUGUGAUUUUAUAACGAGAUCGAAACACUACUUUUUUUUUUCUUUUUUCUUUUCCAAAAGAGUAAUUUAUAUCUUUUGUACGUUGUAAGGGGCACUGAUCGUAGCUGGGAGUCUCUUUGGGCUCACGUAGCCGCUAAUGUUUGCACUUAUCGGGGAUGUGUCUUAUAUGUCAUGCACAGAGUUGAUUUAGGACCACUAAGAAUUUUAUUGCAUUUAAAGAAUCGUUUUUAGAAAGUUUGUUCAAAACAUGUCAUUAUUUGAAUUAGGGAUUUGAUCAUCCACAGGUUUGUUUAUAUAUAUAUAUGGUGAUACAAAAAUGUCAUGUUAUGCCUUACUGGUGUGUGAUACAUCCCUUGAAGUAUACGAUUUUAAAGCCUUUUUGUUAAAAUACCAUGUGAAAAUGAUAAAAAAAAAAAAAACUUCACUGCCGCUAAAUGAUAUUUGAGCUGUAGUUAUUAUAUCUUUAAAAUUUCAUAGUGUUCCACUUGUAAUGGGAAUUUCAUAACCGCCACUAUUCCCACUGUACGACGGUUUAACUGUUAACUCUACGCAAGAUGUCUAAAGCUAUAACCACACACAUGGCUUUGCUCCAAAACAAACGAGCACUUAACACCCUCGAGGUGAAACGGGUCCAAGUGAUUUUAUUUUGUUUUAUUUGUUCAGACAGACAGAUGAGGGCAGCUUGUCCGGCUCAUCGGCAUGUCAAAGAAGAAAGCCAGUUAAAUCCUUCCUUGUUGUAGUCAUUAACACGCUCGAGGAGAUUAACGGCGCUGUGAUUCCGACAGGUUUCGGGUUUCUGCUGAUCGCCAAGGGGGAAAGUAGUCAAUAGAGGGACGGCGCUCGGAAAAGUCUCACCUUAGCAAUUAUAUUAAUUCCUGAAAAUAAUCAACUAAAUUGACCUAAUCCGUUAUAUAUAAGAGUAUCUUGUUAUACCAAGCUUAAAUGCUGUUCAUGACACAAGCACCAAUAUAAAUAUAAAGUAUAAAUAUCUCACUUUUGGUUUUCCUUUUUGAAUUUCCUGUUAUGUUUAUCUGGAAAAAAAAAAAAUCAGGAAGCGGUUAUUAGACUGCGUUUGUACCUCUUAAGCAGCUGAAUGUCAAGGUGGACGUUGGUAUUAAACCCUAACACGAAUGUUUCAUUUUCAAAUGGUAUGUUAACCUAAACUGUACGUCUUAAUUCCCCAUAAAGUGAAUCUAUAAAUCAU